AUGUCGAACUCGAGCUCGAAUCACUUCACCUGCCCGUCAGGCGGCACCUGGUACGUGUGCCCGAAUGCGCCGCACUUCGUCGGCUGCUGCUCCUCGGACCCAUGCACAAACGUCGACGCAAACAGCACCUCGCCAUGCCCCGACGUCUAUUACGCCUCCUUUGACCCCUCCAUCUUCAACAGUAUCCUGCCCAACUCGUGCAUCGACUCCGCGAAUGGGCACUGGUAUACCUGCAACUACACGGACCCACCCUUCCUCGGCUGCUGCUCGAGCAAUGCUUGCACAAACAAGACGGGGUGUUCGGCUGAUGAUUUACUUGCUGCUGCGUGGAGCUCGGCUAGUCGGAAUCAAUUCACCCUGUUCCAGGACGAGGGCACAGGCGAUAACGAUGAUGAGGGUAGUGGCGGAGGGGGUGGGUUAUCCGGCGGCGCGAUCGCGGGAAUCGUGGUUGGGGUUGUUGCGGCGCUGGCGAUUGUCGGAGCGCUCGUAUGGUUCUUCAUGCGGAGAAGGAACAAGAAGGCUGCUGCGAUGAGUGGGCACGGGCACACGCUGUCUGUUGUCGAGGGCGAGCAUCAGAGGACGUAUCCAUCCCCGGCGCCGCCGUACCAUAGCUCGCAAUUCUCCAGCCCCGCCAGCACGACAACAGGGGCAGGAAAGGACCCGAGAUACAUGUCAACUUCCUCAGCAGGCAUCAGCCUGCCCUCGCUCUCUCCCGGACUACCUUCAGAAAGCGGACGGCCAAUUUCAGAAUUCUACUCGAAUAGUACCGGGAGCGAGGAUAUGUCGCAGCAGAAAUGGGCGCCGGGCCAGAGCUACGGGCUCGGUGUGCAUGGAGCACAAAAGCCAGAGCCGAUACAGGAGUUGGACAGCAAUGUGGCCGAGGUGCAUGAGCUGGAUGGACUCGGAGGAAAUCGGUCGUGA